UCUUGUUACCGACCUUCAGCCUAUAUAAAUCCCUCCAGCCUCUGACCUCCAACCAUAUCCCAAAACCCCAACCCAUAAGAGAAGAAAUCUGCAUUAGGAAGCAAGAAAAAUUAAUGGGAAGCAACUUUUCCGACAUGGAGCACCCCCGCAAAGUGUUAGAGACACGUAAUGAGUCAGAGACAUCUCACCGCGUCCUCGCCUUCCAUUCAAAAGACCAAUGGAAAUCCCACUUUGAGGCUUCCAAGCAAACUGACAAACUGUUGGUGAUUGAUUUCACGGCAACAUGGUGUGGACCUUGUCGAUUCAUCGAGCCGGCCUUCAAAGAGUUCUCUGCCAAAUACAGGGAUGUCGAGUUCGUCAAGAUUGAUGUGGACGAGUUGGAUUCUGUGGCUCGGGAGUUCGCGGUGGAGGCCAUGCCAACGUUCAUAUUUAUUAAGAAAGGGGAAGUGGUUGACAAGCUGGUGGGGGCUACGAAGGAAGGACUGCAGAAGAAGAUUGAGAAACACAGAACAUAAGAAUGCCAAUCAUGGAGCGCGCAUGAUCCUGACAUGGCCACUUGAAUGACAACGACAGCCAAAUAAUAACCCCCUUACUGCUGCAAUAUAUCUAAAAUAAGAGGCCGAAAGAGGGUGUCUUUCUUACCAUGUUUUUGUAAAAUGCGUCAGCAUCUUUCAUAUUUUAAUUUACGUAAAAUGCGUGAGCAUCUUUUAUAUUUCAA